UUCCUGAAACCGGAACAUCCGCUGACGUCGCUAUGAAUGUACGAGUUUGACGCAAACAUGGACACAAACAGUACAGCCAAGCUUGAGUUUGCAGUGCAAAUGUCAUGUGACAGCUGUGCCAAUGCAGUGAAAGACGUUCUACACAAAGAACCAGGAGUGCAGUCAGUGCACAUAGACCUGGCGAAAGAGGAGGUUUUGGUUGAAACGGCGCUCACCUCUUUGCAGGUCCAGAGCCUCAUCGAAAGCACUGGCAGGCGUGCUGUGUUGAAGGGAAUGGGCAGCUCAGAAACAGAUCUGGGUUCUGCUGUGGCAAUGUUAAGUGGGACAGGGCCAGUGCAGGGCGUUGUCCGUUUUCUGCAGCUGUCAAAAGAUCGUUGUUUGAUUGAUGGGACGAUUGACGGGUUGACACCUGGAGCACAUGGCUUUCAUGUGCAUGAACUAGGGGAUCUUACACAGGAUUGCAUAAGCUGUGGAGAUCAUUUCAAUCCUUUCGCCAAGCAGCAUGGAGCGCCUCAGGACUCAGAGAGGCAUUUGGGCGAUCUGGGAAAUAUUACUGCUGGUCCUGAUGGCAGAGCCUCAUUCAGAUUAGAAGACUCCCAAAUAAAGGUGUGGGAUGUUAUUGGUCGAUCUCUGGUGGUGGAUUCUGGGGAGGACGAUCUGGGGCGUGGGAGUCACCCACUGUCUAAAUUAACAGGAAACUCUGGAGAGAGGCUGGCUUGUGGAAUCAUUGCACGCUCUGCCGGGUUGUUUCAAAACCCCAAACAGAUUUGUGCCUGUGAUGGUGUAACUUUGUGGGAGGAGAGAGAUCGACCCAUUGCUGGGAAAGGACGCAAAGUCACUGACACACCAGCAGCUCAUCUUUAAUGGAGUGAGGAUGUGACUGUACUGCACAUCAGGGACUGAAAAUGGGUGUGAAUUGCAGUGAAGGAAACAAGGGCAAGAUGAUAAAAGAGUGACCAAAAUGCCAUUUGUAGCAACCUUAAUUUAUUACACGAUAAGACCAAGUUCUGAUUAAUGACACAAAUACAGAAUCCAUUUAUAAAUGUAAAUGGAUGCUGUGAACAAAGACUAACAUUAAUUUUGACAAAGAUUUCCUUUAAAAGUCCUAUGGAGUUACUGUUAUCCAAUUUAACAUGAAUGCAAAGUCUUCAGAAACAUAUGUUAAAAACAGUUGCUUACAUUUCUGUCGUUAUUCAAAAUGUUCUGAAUUACCAUAGCCUAUCUAGUUUUUCAACAUGUAUUCAAGUAUUCUUUGACUUUUUACUGUAUAAAAAAUCUAAAUGUAUUUAAAAUUUCGAUAACAAAUUAAGAUGAGAUUAAACAUUGAAACAUUGA